AUGGGUUUUCAGCCAAAUGGAGAAGAUCCAAUCUCUUCUACAGAUAAGCCAUUGAUAACCGUCACAGAGUACUCACCUCCGAGGCUAUUAUGGACAGAUGAAAUUCAGCAGAUUGUCAGUGAUUUCAGAAUUGCAGCAAGGAAUGCUAUGGAAGAAGUUGAGAUUCAUGGCUACCUAAUAGAACAGUUUUUGAAAGAUGAAGGGAAUGAUCCAACGAAGCAAUAUGGAGGAUCACUAGAAAAGCGUUGCCGAUUUGCCUUGGAGAUUGUCAACGAAAUGGGAGCGGAUAAAGUUGGAAUAAGGCAAUCUCCCAAUGCAGAUUACACGGAAGCAGUGUUAGGCCUCUGCCUUGAACAAAUUCGGAAUUCCCUACUCUACUGCCAUAUGGUGGAAUCAAGAAUGAGAGUGGUGAAUGCUCUCACUGUCUUGUCCCAAUGA